UCACGGAAAACGAACGGUACUGCCGGCUGUUCAUGUUAUCUCCCCUGUGGAAUCUAUGGCGCUCAUCGAAAUAAACGAACGACUUGUGCAUGUCAAACAUUAAAGCAUGUCGCAUCAAUACAUCGACACUUUAACGGGUGGAAUUACCAACAUUGAAAAUCAGUCUGCAAUUCAGUCCAUUUUAGAUACACAGGUGAUUCAAGAUGCAAACACUGUUCAAGUGGAGGAAGACGAUAUAUUCCAGUGUGGAAAAUGCAAGAAGCAGUUUACCUCCCUGAAUUCUUUCUGCUCUCACAAGCAAGAGCGUUGUGUUGGUCUGCCAGCCCCACGCCCUAUCAUCCAUAAUAACACCAUUCUACAGGGGCUUAGUGCAUUCCAGACCAUUGGGUUGCAGAAUGGAGUCAGGAGUGGUCUUUCACAGGCAGCGUAUGGUUCCCAUGGAUCCCUGCCUCAGCUGACCCAGAAUGUGAUGCUGGCUGAUGAUCAGGUGAUCUCCUUUGCAGACCUCACUCAGACUGGCCUCAUGCAGGGAUCUACCAUUCAUCUGGCUCCAGCAGGCAGUACAGUUCAGUCUGGCGGCCCCUUUCUGAGCCAGCUGGGUCAGCGCCCCACCAAUGUAACCUUUUUGCAGAGUGCCAUCCAGCCCACCACGUCCCUGUGCGCCUCCAGUGGCUCCGCAUUCUCCACUCCUGUCUCCAUGGGCAACCUGCAUGCCCUUGUGCAGCCCCAGCAGCAAAUCACCAUAGCAACUGCUCUCCCUGAGCAAAAGACACAGCAGAUACAAAUAGUGAAGCCAACGCCAUCUAGGCCAGGUAAAAAGGCAAACAAAGGUAUUUUAAGCAGCGAUCAGCAGGCAUUGCAGGAAGAGGCAAAGAAACAGCUGUCAUGCACGUACUGCAGCAAGAUCUUCAAGAAGAAGUUUGAUCUGCAGCAGCAUGUGCGCUCCCACACAGGGGAAAAACCAUUCCAGUGUGUGGUGUGCGGACGAGCCUUUGCCCAGAAAUCCAACGUAAAGAAACAUAUGUCAACUCACAAGGUGUGGCCUACCGGCCCAGGCUCCACCCUCCCCAACCAGCCCCCACCGAUACUGGUUCCAGUGUCAGAGGAGGAUGGGACCUCUGAGCAGGCAGAGGAACAGACUCAGGAUCGUGGAAAUCAGUCAGACUUCACAGGCCUCAGAGACAAUGCUAUUAUUGUCACUGAUGCCAAGGGAGACAACAAGCAAUACAAGGGAGGCAAGCAAAAUUUCAAAGUGAAAGUCGUAAUAGACAACUCCUUCAUGUGCCAGUACUGUCCAGAGAAAUUCAAGACUUAUUUGCAGCUGAAAUCACACAUGGUUAAUCAUAAAAACAUACAGGUGUACCGGUGUGUGAAGAAGGAGUGCAGUGCCACGUUCAAGGAUAUGGAGGCCUUCCUGGAGCACGUGGAGAGCCACAACGAUGAGCUCACGUACCGCUGUCACCAGUGCAACGAGGUCUUCAACACCUUGUAUGAGCUUGGCACGCACCAGUACUCACACAGUUUCUUUGACAACCCGGGAAAAACUGGUCCAAAACACUACCAGUGCACCCUGUGUUUCAACAAGUAUGCCAGUCCGGAGGCCCUUAGCAACCACCUAGCAACGGAGACUCACAACCACGUGUGCCCCCACUGUGGCAAGAAGUGUGCCAGCGAGAGGUUCCUACGCAAACACCUCAUCACUCACGGAACUGAGAACCUACAUCAGUGCCCAACCUGCAAGAAGUGUUUCAAGACGGACCACUACCUGCGCACCCACACCCUGAUACACACAGGCCUGAAACCUUGGUCCUGUGACCAGUGCAUGGCGAGCUUCAAUCGCAAGGAUAAGCUGAAGCGCCACCUACUCAUUCAUGAAAAAAUGUGCAAAUACAAGUGCCCCUUUAAGGCACUUUGUGGCUGUACUAAGGAGUUUAACAGGCCAGACAAGCUGAAGGCACACCUGUAUUCUCACAGCCUCACCAAACCCUGGACCUGCAAGAUCUGUGCACGAGAGUUCAAGCGAAAGCCUCAAUACAACGAACAUAUGCGUGGCCACAGGGGAGAGUAUGCUUUCAAAUGCGAGAAGUGCAAUCGUGGGUUUUUUCGCAUGAAGCUGCUGAAAGAACACAAGUGUGACCCAGACAAGCCCGUUUCCAGACAGAUGUUUAGGACUAGGAGGGUAAAACGUAAACCGGGGAGACCAAGAAAAAUUGUGAAAGUUGAACAAACAGAUGGUGAAAAUGUGGUGGAGGAAGGCAAUGGUGAAGAAAUUAAUGCCACUACAGUGAAAGAAAAUGUUCGCUCUUAUGUAGAUCAAUUAGUCAGAGGCAGACGAGGCAUUCUGAAAAAGUCUCAUAAAACUAUUAUGAAGGCAAAGCAACUAAAGCUUAUGAAAAAUGAGAAAACUAAGCAAAUAAACAGUCGUUCAAGUGUGAAAACAAUAUCUGGCGCUACUAAAAAGAAUGAUGGCCUGUUUGAUGGUCAGAACACAUUAUCUAUUAAAGAUAAGGAAAUACACGGUACAGAACACAUGACAAUAGCCACAAGCCAGGGGAAUUAUAUCAUUCUGCAGUCGGUCCCUGGCACGGAUAUACAGAAACCAAAACGGAACAAGUCUGAGUGUUUUGUGAAGACCCCGCCCGCAAAUAUAGUACCGAUGUCCUUAGUAGAACAGUACAUCACAGUCCAGUUGACUACCACCAAUGGCUGUGAUGGCAGUGAAAUUCAGGCGCAACUUAUCCCGACAGCUGACUUUAAUGGACAGUUUCAGUUCCACCAUUCUUUGCCAUCUGGUCACUUUGAAAUUCAGCGGGGCGCUUUUCAUCCCAUACAAAUUGUUGAUGGUCAGCCAAUGACCUUGACAGUGAACGAAGGUGACCAGCUUGGUAAAAUUAAUGUAUCGCAGCACGAUGUUAUAGAUAUCCCUGUUGAUAUUGUCACCGUGUCUAGUGACCAGACGCUGGUCUGCAACACAGAGGUUAAUGUUCGGGAUGAUAAUGUCAACUCAGAGCAGGGUUAUGAGAACACAGAGCAGGUGUAUGAUGCCAACUCGGAGCAAGCGUAUGAGACUAUUGGUGAUUAUGACACGGAGGAAACUGUCCUGCAAGGCUCAGAGAACCUUAUCAACUCCAAUGUAGAAAUUUUAGUUCCUGAAACAGAAAACAUGUAAAACGUGUUUUUUUUUGUAAAAUACCUUAUUUUAUCUAAUAAUUGAUUUGUGUUCAAUUGUAGGUACUUUUUAAAUUACCAAUGACAUAAGCUAUACUUUUGGAUAUAAUUAAACUGGUUAUGGUGUUUUCAUGACCAAACAGUAACUGUACUAAAGUUUGUUUUCAUUACGACAUUUGGAUAUACCACGAAAGAAAUAAUCAGAAAUUCAGAUUUACCGGUACAUAGCAUCGUGAUCAUAAGUUAUAGCUCCAAUAGGACAGCAUUAGCUUGCAUUUUGAACAUCGAAAACAAAUAUGUUUAAUGUUUUUAGAUUUUAAAAUGAAUUGCAUGACCAUUACAAACCUAAUGAUAUUAAUAAAUAAUUAGAUAUUGCGACAAUAUAACUCAAUAAAUUAUAAUUAUCUA